GUUGAAAGACUUGAAACCAAAGUUGUUGAACCUUUGAAAGCUUAUGGAAGCAUUGUAAAAAUGAAACGGGAUGACCUCAAAGCAACAUUAAAAGCAAGGAAUCAAGAAGCUAAGCAGUUAACUCAGUUAGAAAGAACACGACAGCGAAAUCCAUCUGAUCGACAUGUUAUUUCACAGGCAGAAACUGAAUUACAUAGAGCUACAAUUGCUGCAACUCGAACAAGUCGUCAUUUGGAGGAAACUAUUGGCAAUUUUGAAAAGCAGAAAAUGAAGGAUAUAAAGGCUAUAUUUUCAGAAUUCAUCACAAUUGAAAUGACAUUUCACUGCAAAGCCUUAGAGCUCUACACUGCUGCCUACCAAAAUAUACAAAAGAUUGAUGAGGAUGAAGAUCUAGAGGUCUUUCGAAAUUCUCUGUAUGCACCAGAUUAUUCAUCUCGUUUAGAUAUUGUAAGAGCAAAUUCAAAGUCACCUAUUCAGAGAUCACUGUCAGCUAAGAGUAUAUCUGGAACAGGACAGGUAUCCACCUGUCGAAUAAGAAAGGAUCAAGUAGAAGAUGAUGAAGAUGAAGAGUCAGUCUUUACAGAAGAAGAAAAUUAAUUUUUUUAAGUAAACUUUACAUUUUCAUUUUUACCUUACAUGACUAGAAAUCCAGGAUUACUAAAUUGUAAAACUUUAUACUCACUUGAUAUGUGAUACCAGAAAACAAAAUCCUAUUAGAAUUGGAAAAAUAAUUAAAGGAAAUUUAUGCUAACCAAAAA